GUGGUAAGAAAUGACUUGUAUGAUUUUACUCAUUUUUGUUUGCUGGUGGACAGUGAGCCUCUAAGCUUUGAAGAUGCUUGCCAAAAUUCCAAAUGGAGGGAUGCAAUGGAUGAAGAAAUCAAAGCUAUAAAAAAGAAUGAUACAUGGGAGUUGGUCACACUUCCAAAAGGCAAAAGCACCAUUGGAGUCAAAUGGGUGUACAAGCUAAAGAAGAAUUCCAAGGGAGAAAUAGAAAGGUGCAAAGCAAGAUUGGUAGCUAAAGGCUAGAAGUAAAAGGCCGGUAUUGACUAUGAUGAAGUAUUUGCGCCGGUUGCUCAUUUGGAAACAAUUCGCUUUGAAGUCGGCUGUCUUGAAUGUCCUAUUGGAGGAAGAGGUCUAUAUUGAUCAACCUUCGGGAUAUAAGGUUGAAGGACAAUAAGUUAAAGUCUUGAAAUUAAAGAAGGCUUUAUAUGGGUUGAAGCAAGCCCUGCGAGCUUGGAAUAGUAGAAUUGACAAAUAUUUCCAAGCAAAUGGUUUUUCUAUGUGUCCACAUGAACAUGCCCUCUAUGUAAAGAUUGCUAAAAAUGGUGACAUCUUACUUGUUUGCUUGUAUGUAGAUACUUGAUAUUUACAGGAAAUAAUCAAAAGAUUUUUGAAGAAUUCAAGAAAGCAAUGGCUAGAGAAUUUGAGAUGAUGGACAUUGGCCUAAUGUCCUACUAUCUUGGAAUUCAAGUAGCACAGAGGAAGGAUGCCAUUUUUAUUUCUCAAGGAGAGUAUGCAAAGGAAAUUCUCAAGAAAUUUGAGAUGGAGAAUUGCAAUCCCGUAAGCACCCCCGUUGAAUGUGGAGUUAAAAUAUCCAAGCAUGGAGAUGGAGAUAGAAUCAAUCCCACAUUUUUCAAGAGUCUUGUUGGAAGCUUAAGGUAUUUGUCAUGUACAAGGCCGGAUAUUCUUUUUUGGAGUUGGACUCCUGAGUCGCUUUAUGGAAACUCCUACUACCUCGCACUUAAAGGUAGCCAAAAGAAUACUUCGGUACAUCAAAGGUACGCUUGAUUAUGAAAUUUUUUAUUCAUCUUCUAAAGAAUCCAAGUUCGUAGGAUAUUGUGAUAGUGACUGGGCUGGUGAUAUUGAUGAUCGAAAAAGUACUACUGGGUUUGUUUUCUUUCUUAGGAAUUCCGUAUUUACAUGGAAUUCUAAGAAGCAACCAAUUGCGACUUUGUCAACUUGUGAAGCGAAGUAUGUAGCAGCUUGUUCGUGUGUUUGCCAUGCAAUUUGGCUAAGGAGCUUGUUGGAAGAACUUCACCAACCACAGAAGAAUGCUACAAAGAUUUUUGUUGACAACAAAUCGGCUAUAGAUUUAGCCAAGAACCCGGUAUUUCAUGAAAGAAGCAAGCAUAUCGAUACGAGAUAUCAUUUUAUUAGAGAUUGCAUAUCUAAUAAAGUUGUGGAGCUUGAGCAUGUGAAGUCUGGAGAUCAAAUUGCGGAUAUUUUCACCAAGCCUUUGAAGAUUGACGCUUUUCAAAAGUUAAGGAUGGCGCUUGGAGUAAUGAAACAAGUUUAAGGGGGAUGUUAAAAAUAGUAAUAAACUUGUUUCCAUUUUUCCACAUUUGUUUAGAUUUGUUUACAUUAAUUUAAUGUUUUCAUACAUAUAGUUAGAAAAGAGUGAGGUGUGGACAUGUGUGAACUAGUGUAGGCAUGUAUGGACUAGUGUGUACAUGUGUGGACUUAAUUAAUAUGUACACAUGAAGUUUAGGCUAGAUACAUGUAGGAGUUCUACUAUAAAUACCCAUGUAUGCUAGCCACUUGGUGCAAGUGAAGUUGAAUAGAGAUCAUCCUUUCCUCCACCUCUCUAAUAGUGAGUUUUGAGUGUUUGUUUAGUUGUCUUGCUCUCUCAAAAAUUUCUAACAUUUGGUAUCAGAGCCGGUAUUGUGAGAGACAACCAAACUUGGACCAAACUUGUGAGCAUAGGAACUUGGAAUGGUGUUCCAUUAGUGUUUGUCAUCUUUUCAACUUCACUUGCACCAAAUGGCUAGCAUACAUGGGCCUUUAGCUGGCACAUUUUCGCGUUUCUUUACUUCCAACGAGAAUUGUGGGCCGAUUGAUAUCGAUGUCUCAAAUGAAGAGAGUAAGAGACGCUUAUUCAACAGGCUUCGUUACCGGAGCAAACAAAGAGGGUUCUUGGAGCUGGACCUUGUUAUAGGCAAAUGGGUGGAGGAUCAUAUUCAAUCCAUGGAUGAAGAUGGAAUUAAGUCCCUUGUUAAUGUUCUUGACCUGGAGAAUCCAGAUUUGUGGAAGUGGCUGACUGGCCAGGAGCAACCACCAGAUGCAAUUAGCACAAAUUCAGUGUUCUCUGCUGUGCAAGAAAAGGUUAUGAACAACCUUGGCAAACAUGCUGCUCCAGAGAGUCGUGCAGCUGCAGGACAUCCUUGGCUGAGAGGGUGGGAUGAUUUCAAGAAAGGCCGAGACGGGCCUAUAGGGGGGAAUCAGUAGUUCAAUUUGAACAUGUCAAAGAACCGGUGUUCUUUAGUUAUAUGUAAAAGGGCAGCCCGGUGCACUAAGCUCCCGCUAUGCGCGGCGUCCGAAGAAGGGCCGGACCACAAGGGUCUAAGUCUUACCCUGCAUUUCUGCAAGAGGCUGUUUCCACGGCUCUAACCCGUGUCCUCCUGAUCACAUGGCAAAAAAGAAUAAUUAAUGUAUCCUCAGAUUUUCUGAAUAUUACAUAUCAUCUAAGCUUUCCGUAUUAAAUAAGGUUCAUUGAGAGGUUGAUAAUUGUUUACCGCUAUGUUUUACUUUCUUUUGAUCUUCAGCUAUCUGUGGAUGACAAUUUUCAUUUCUUAUUGUGAGAAUGCA